UCAUUCCUACACGACCGGACGGGAUAAAGCGCUCUCCUUUGUAAGCGUGCCUCACUCCGCGGAUCACAUUCUCCGACGCAGUACCUGUGCCAGUCGCUCCGAGCGUCGUUGAAAAAUAUUCUGCGAAGUAUUUUAUUUCCCACAUUCAUUUUGUUUGAAUUUAUUUUUGUACAUAAUUGUGUUAUAUCAUAGUGUUUAAGUUUUUUAUAGAUAGUUUAGGUUAGUUUUUAAUACAGUUUUUUUGUUUCGUUUAGUGUAAAUAGGUGUAUAAUUUUACGUCAUGUUAGCAUGUAAAAAAAAGAAAAAGCUUGAAAGAGCUUCCCAUAUGAGACAAUUUAGAUGGAAAAAUAAAUUGUCUCCGAUAUCGCCGUUGACAAUGUCCGAACAGAGAAGUGCGGAUGGUGUGGAGUCGACAGUUGAUAUAAUGGACUUAGAUAGUCAUGGGAUUAUUCCGACGCCGACAUCAACGAAAACCCAAGAUAGUAAACGAUCAGUACUGACGAAGAAAGCGCCGCGUAAACGGAAACAUAUUGAAAGUCUUGGAAAAAGUAUUGAAAAUCAUGGAGAAAUAUUAAAUUUAAAUUUAGAAAACAAUGCUUCGAAUGAAAAUAUUAAACCAGAAAUUAAUGGACAUAGGAUUAUAGACAUACAGCACUUCUAUAACGAGCUGAAGAAUAUAGCAAAUCAUUCCUCAUUAUUCCAAUGUGGACUUAAUACAAUCCAAUUAAUAACAGAAAAAUGUUCUGGAUUGGAAUCAGAAUUUCUUUUGUCAUGCUCUAUGUGUAAUGAACAAUUUAAAAUAACAAAUUCGCUGCAGAAUAUAAAUAAAAAUGUAGUUGCAGGCACUAUAGCAGCAGGUUGCGGCCAUGCCCAACUUAAUCAAAUUUGUGCCUCCGUAGAUUUGCCCUCUAUUAGCCAAUCUGUAUAUAAAAGUGCGCAUGAUGCAAUAUGUGAAGAUUGGGAAACCACAGCUUGGGAAGAAAUGAAGAAGGCAGGGGAAAAGGAAAGGGCUGCGGCAAUAUCGGAAGGAAAUGUAGACAAAAAUGGUAAUGCCGUGAUAGAUGUCAUUUUAGAUGGUUGCUGGAGCAAGCGAUCCUAUAAAUCCAAUUAUUCGGCACUAUCUGGAGCUGCAACAAUUAUAGGCAGACGAUUUGGUCAAGUUCUUUUUAUGAGCGUUAAAAAUAAAUAUUGUUGCAUUUGUGCCAGAGCCGAGAAAAAAAAUGAAACUGUCGGAGAACACCAAUGCUUCAAAAACUUUUCUGGACCAUCGACGGCUAUGGAAUCUGCUAUGAUUGUGGAAGGUUUCAAACAGUCAGUUUCCAUGCACAGACUUAUAUAUGCAAGAUUCAUAGCGGACGGAGAUAGUAGUGUUUACUCUAAAAUUUUAGAAGCACGUCCCUAUUCAGAUGUGACAGUUGAAAAAAUUAAUUGUAAAAAUCAUAUUUUAAGAAAUUUUUGUAAUAAAAUGUCAUCUUUAAAAUCCGAAACAAAAUAUAAUUCAUCGGAGAGGAAAUUAUUAACAAUUACUAAAAUUUUGUCGGCAAGACAUUAUAUUUAUCCUCGAGUGACAAGAAAUCGACCCAUUAGAGAGCCUCCCGAAUACAAUAAUAUUAGAACACACAAUGAAAAAGAAAACGAAGAGUUGGAAGAGACCAGUGAGUUUAUAGAAAGUGUUUUAGAUGUAAAUGAUUAUUGA